UAGUGUGAAGCAGAAACCGUGCUGAUGGUUUAUAGAAUUGAUAAACGAGCCUCAAGUAGCCUUGAAGUUUGAUACUAUUUGUCAAUAAUUUUCUGUUUUUGUUCUUAGGAACCACAUAUUUGCUGACCAAAGGCCCUAUAUUCAUGUGUAUCAGAUGGUUUAAGAGAUUUCCAGCUGACCAAAGAAAUGGUGAUGGAGAAGCCAAGUGCCCAGCUGGUCGGGCGAGAGUUUGUCCGACAGUAUUACACACUGCUGAACCAGGCCCCCGACUACCUGCACAGGUUUUAUGGAAAGAACUCGUCCUACGUGCACGGCGGCCUGGACAACAACGGCAAACCGGUGGAGGCUGUUUAUGGACAAUCUGAGAUCCACAAGAGGGUGAUGGCUCUGAGUUUCCGCGACUGUCACACAAAGAUCCGACACGUGGACGCCCACGCCACCCUGAACGAGGGCGUGGUGGUGCAGGUGAUGGGCGAGCUGUCCAACAACAUGCAGCCCAUGAGGAAGUUCAUGCAGACCUUCGUGCUGGCGCCCGAGGGAACCGUUGCAAACAAAUUCUACGUUCACAACGACGUGUUCCGCUACCAGGACGAGGUGUUCGGAGACUCUGAUUCUGAGCCUCCAGAAGAAUCUGAGGACGAGGUGGAGAUCGAGGAGAGGGUCCCCUCCCCUGACGUCGCUCCGGAGGAGUCCGCCUCCUUCUACGACCCGACACCCUGUUCAGAGCCGACGGUUCCUGGAGACGACGACGAGGAGGACGAGGAGGACGAGGAGGAGGAGGAGGAGGAGGAAGAAGAAGAGGCCGCGGCGAGUCCAGAACCGGAGCCGGAGGCUGAGAAGGAGGCCGAGGUCGUUGUUGUGGCUCUGAAGCCAGAGACGACGGCGGAGACGCAAGCGGACACGAACGCAUCCGAUGACCAGAAAGAGAAAAGCAGCGGAGCUGCGCCCACCGCAGAACCCGCCGCCACGCCUGCAGAACCCACCCCCACCGCCCCAGAAGAAAACAGGCCGUUCUCCUGGGCGUCCGUCACCAGUAAGAACCUCCCUCCCAGCGGGGCCGUCCCAGUCUCAGGAAUCCCCCCACACGUCGUCAAAGCCCCUCCCACAGCACCGCCCAGAGCGGAGGUGAAGUCAGAGUCCCAGACAGCAGCACAGAGACCAACGAGGGACCAGAGGCCGAGGGAACAGAGGCCCGGAGGUCCUCCACCGGUGCACAGAGGACCCAGACCAGUUCGGGAGGGCGAGCAGGGCGAGUCCGAGGGCCGCCGGGUGGUCCGGUACCCCGACGCCCAGCAGCUCUUUGUGGGAAACGUCCCCCACGAUGUGGACAAGACCGAACUCAAGGAGUUCUUUGAGCAGUACGGGACGGUCCUGGAGCUGAGGAUCAACAGCGGAGGGAAGCUGCCCAACUUUGGCUUUGUGGUGUUUGACGACUCUGAACCGGUCCAGAAGAUCCUCAGCAACCGGCCCAUCAAGUUCAGAGGCGACGUCCGGCUGAACGUGGAGGAGAAGAAGACCCGGUCUGCCCGGGAGGGCGACAGGCGGGACAUACGGCCCCGCGGUCCAGGAGGUCCCGGCGGGCCCCGAGAGCGGAUAGGAGGAGGAGGGGGUGGCGGUGGUGGCGGUGGAGGAGGAGGAGGAGGAGGACCCCGAGGCCCCCCCACCCGCGGAGGCAUGGCACAGAAACCCAGCUUCGGCUCCGGGCGGGGCGCGGGCCCCAGCGAGGGCCGCUACUCCACCCAGCGCCAGUGAGAGGAAACCUGUUGGGCUCCAAACCUGAGUUAGAUUAACGAAUACAAACGAUGGUUUUUGAUUUGUUGUUUUUUUUUUUUUUUUUUUUUUUUUUUGUUUUUUUUUACCGCAGCAGGAACCAAUUAGACAAAUGUAAAAUAUAACAGAAAACUCUUCUUUACGCUGCAGCUUAGGAGCAGAAACGAGUUCAUUUCAAGUCAGAGUUUAAGUCGCUACACACACACACACACACACACUCUCUCUCGUUCUCUCCUGAGCGUGCUAGUAUUCUGAAGAGCUUUCUGUUAGUUAUUGACGCCGGUUUGGUUGAGAGCUUUCACCGUCAAAUCCCACCAGCUCCUGCUAACUUCAACCACCAGUCUCUCCAUGUGUCUCAUGAAGAAGGCUGCCUCCUCCUCCUCCUCUUCUUCCUCACCUGCUGCUUUUUGUUUCCCUCUGAGGAAUCCAGAAUGUCACUAUUU